GCUCCUAAAAAUAAAAAUAAAAAUAGUAGUAAUAAUUUUUGAUCUUGCAUUUGGAAAGUUUGAAGUUUUUGAGAAGCAAAUGGGGAACGAAUACAAUGAAGCAACCGAUGGACUUGUGAAACUAUUCAGAAAAGCAAAUCACGAUCUUGAUAUCGUUCACCACCGUCUUCAAACUGAAUUUCAACAACAGUACCCUGAAAAUGCAAACCCUAUGAAGCUUGUUUCUAGGAUCAAAAAGAUACAAGAAGAGAUUUCAAUUUUGAAGGGGCAGUGUCAUGAGCUUCUUGCUGCUAAGCAGGAUUUGAUUGAUAAAGCUCAGACAGUUCUUGUUGAGAAUAGAAAUUUAGUGCAGCGUAUGCAAUCAUCUGUGGGAAUCCCCUUUACUAGUGAAGAUGAUGAUGCAUUCACUAACUUCAAACAGGUGAUUGAUGAAUGGACUGAUCAAAUAAGAUCAAAAACUGGAAAUGAACCACAAGAUUCUGAUUCUGGAGAUCUCAACAAACUACUCUUUUCAGCUAUAGUUCAAAGUAAUUGAACUGCUAUCCAGACAACCAAUGUUACAGUUUUAGUUCAGUUCCUAGGGUUUUAUCAGAUAUAUACGGUAGACUUGUAAUGUACUAAUAGUUGGAUAAAGUUCUCAUAGUCUCAUAUUUGGAUAGCGUAUUAUAGAGUUUGUUUUUGUACUAAUAGUUGGAUAAAGUUCUCAUAUGUCAUUAUGGACUUCUAUCCGUAUAGGAGGCAAUUUCAAUUUAUACGUAGAGGAAGCAAAUUUCAAUUUAUGAAUUCGGACAUGAUGGAGACUUAAGAAUCCUACUUGUUUUCAA